AUGAAUGUAGAGCAGUGCGCGUUAACGCUGCUGGAAGAGAAUUUCAAGCAUGCCAUGGAGGAGGCUGUAAGGGACUACUAUUUGGUAGGGAUAUUUUUAUUUUUUAUACUGUAGACGAAAUGUCACUAUCGAUUUUUUAAGGUUUUUUUAAUAUUGAAUUAUUCUUUGGGCAUUUUCAGUUGUGACGAAAUGUCAAUAUUGAUUUUUCUUAAAUUUGUCGGAAAAAUAAUAAGCUGAAUGCCGCUGAGCCAAUGACGUCAUUGAAAUCGAUUUUUUAAGAUUUUUUUUCAAUAUUGAAUUAGUAUUUGGGCAUUUUCAGUUGUGACGAAAUGUCAAUAUCGAUUUUUUUUUAAAUCUGUCGGGAAAAUAAUGAGAACUUUGUCGCUGCGCCAAUCUCGUCGCUGAAGUGAAAAGCAAUUUGAUUUUGUCGCGAAAAAAAUCAUUUUUUCUCCCGCGAUUUUCCCUGCGACAGGAAGCUCAUUAUUUUCCCGACAAAAUGAUAUAUUGUUUUUGUUCUAUUUCUAAUUCUUUAUCGCUAUUUUCCUCUCGUUUUGAUGUGGUAAUCGUGCUCUAUACCCCUUUUUUGAACACCACUUUCCUCUUCUUUUCCAUACCUUCCAAUUUCCAGAUGGCCGACAACGACAUUCGAUUUACCCCCUCAAGCUCAAAUUCCCCACAUCCGCCGCUCCUGGAGCCCGAACUUUUGUCGGCAAAAUCGCCGGAAAAGUCCAAGUCACCGAGUGUUCGGCGACGGGGCAAGGCGAGGAUUUACAACGAGGUGGCCCGAUGCUACACGGAAGACGAGGUGGACGCGCAUAGUAAAGGAUGGAGAAAGUAAGGCAAAUUUUUUGGAGGUGGUUGAGCUUUAUAUAUCCUCUAAUAAUGAUGAUUAGACAUAGUUUUUACUAUGAAGAUGAUACAUAGUAAAAUUAGCUAUAUAGUUUAAAAAAGUUUUCGUCCAGUGGGAGUCGAACCCUCGACCAUCUGACUGAUAAGCUCUCUAAAUCACUACCACUGCGCUAUUCGGACACAUCGCCGAUUUUGACGGUUUUUGCGAAUUUCCAACCCUUGCUCACAAAAUUCAAACUUUGAAGGGUGUGUUCAGUUUGAGUUUUGUGCAAAAUUCCCUCGAAAAUCCCGACCCGUUACGUGCGAAAGCCUCACUCGCUUCGGCGCCCAAUUCUUUUGCACUUUAAGGGAUCGCCCGGAGCGAAAAUCCAAUCUUGAUUUUGCUGUAGAGAACAGAAAUAGGAUUCUUCGGCGAAUGUCGAGAGGACGUGUCAACCAAUCUUUGAGGCAUUUCGAAGAGAAAAAGCUGCUGGUGAAAGAAGAAGGAAAAAGGUUAAAAACACUUUUCGAAAUUUGCUGCCAACUUCCGUAAAAUGCAUGUGAGGCGUUGUGAAGAGAGUAUAAUGAUUUUUCAGCCCAGAAUUCACGUUUUUCUCAAAAAAAAGUCAACUUUUUCUCACGAACUUGGCAAAAAUACGGUCAAAAGGAAUAUUUUCCCCACCGUUUUUCAUGAUUUGUCAUUUUCUCUUGACCUUGCCCGCAAACAUCAUAAAGUAUCGCUCUAAAGGAACGUUCACGGGUUCGUUGCUAAGAUCCUCAGUCUGUCGGGAAAAUAAUGAGCACCCUGUCGCAUCGAAAAUCGCAUCGCCGCCAAGGGAAAAUGAAUUGUAUCGCGGCAAAAUCAAACUGCUUUGAUUUCUGCGACGCGAUUGACGCAGCGACAAAGUGCUCAUUAUUUUUCCGACAGACUACUAAAAAAUCAGGAAAAAUUAGAAUAAAAUAUGUGUAGACUAUCUUGAACAAUCUCGUUUGCAGGUUUUAUCGGCUAUAACAAGAUUUUCUAUUGUUGGCGUUAGACCAAAAUUUGGAUAAGCUUGAUUCUUCCCUAUAAAAGUCAGGGAUCUCGUCAUUUCUAAUCAUUUUUCUAUCCCCGUUCGGUGUGCGAAUAAACCAUCUUUCUCUGCUGUCAGUCGUCUCAUCUUACCGGUCGAUCAAGCCGGCCGAUUUCCUCCUCUCCCCUGGUCUGCCAGUUUAUGGGGGCUCAGCCGGUGGGACUUUUUUGCUUUCCCUCCAACUCCUGAGCCCACAGGUCGCGUUUGCUAAGACCUAUCCGUCUCCAACAUCCAUCUGUCUGUCGGGAAAAUAGUGGCGUUCAUUGGCAAAAUGUUGCGACUCGUCCAAAAAAGGGGGCAACCAAAUUGCCAGCUGCAACUACCCGUCUCAAAGCGGAAAAAAUUCCAGGACAAAGACCUGCCAUUAUCAUCCCAACAGACUGAUAAAUCACCGCCUCUAUAACAACUCCCGUUGCGGCAUCCAUUUCGCGGUUCCCUUGCCCUUUUGCGCCACUUCUCGCGUAUCGUUCCCGCCUGCGCUUGCGUCGUGUCUGGCGCAAGACCCCCGUCGACGAAACUGCAGCAGAAACCCAGUUUUUUAUGCGUGCGCAAAGUUGCACUCUUCGGAUAAUCGGCGUCGCGGAUCGCGCGCAAAAUAAUGAGCACAAUAUCGCUGCAUCGCAAGUGAAAUGUAAUUUGAUUUUGUCGCCACACAAUUCAUUUUUUCUCGGCGGCGAUGAGAUUUUCGAUGCGACAAGUUGCCCAUUAUUUUCCCGACAGACUGAUGGAUUUACAGGGGUGGUUCUCGAACUGCGACGUUUUAAUUUUACCAAAACUUGAAACAAAUUUAUACUGAUUUUCUUGAGAAAAAUGUGGAUAUUGUCAGCUCAUACUGGGCCUAAACUUGCCAAAAAAUGCAGGGUGCGAAAAGUCGCAAAAUAAUGAGUGAAAUGCACUGUGGAACAUGUGGCUUUUCGCCACACCACAAAAAGUCUAUGGACUGUAUGAAAAUUUAAGUCUGCCGGGAAAAUAAUGAGCACUCUGUCACGUCCAAAAUCGCAUCACCAUCUCGAAAAAUAUAAAUGAUAAAUUGUGACAAAAUCAAAUUGCUUUUCACUUCAGCGACGCGAUUGACGCAGCGUCAUGCUCAUUAUUUUCCCGACGGACUGAUACUAUUACACGCUCGAAAUUCGGCGAACAUUCUAGCCUCGCUUUUCACCAAAUUCCUCUUUUAAUUCCGACUGUAAUAGUAACCCAUUUCAACCACAAAAACGGUUAUGAAAUUCGAAUGCACUUUGUUCGUUCAUUGUCCACAUUCCAGCCAUUUUUCGCGCCCCAAUCACCCUCUAUUACAUUAUGUUUCGCUGCGCAGGUGAGUGUGUGUCGAACUCCAAACGUGUUUCAUGACUCAGCCUUCGGAUUCACGGUUUUUGCGACACUCUUUGUGACGGAGGUAAUCUACGUCAUCGCUAAUAAGCGGUUGCUUCAUUUUGAAGAAUUCUGCGUGUUUCUGACGUCUUACGGCGUAAAAAAUGUCAAAAAACUUGACGUAGCGGUACAAAGUAUUCUUUGAUGUGCAUAUUAUCAGUCUGUCGGGAAAAUAGUGAGUGGGCGUCGCUGCAAAAUGUUUGGCCUUGUGGGAAAAAGGGUGUAGUCGAGCACCGAACUUCUAGCUUCGGCUAGCCGUCGCAGAGCGACAAUAGGCGACUCCAAGGCGCGACAACCCGCCACUAUUUUCCUGACAGACAGAUAUAUGCUAUCCGAAGACUUUGGGCUUCGUUUUUUGGCCUAAUAGAUUGCCCAUGAAGCAUCGCAACACUUACGGGUAACCACUUUUCGAGCAGCCGGAUUUACCCAUUAGAAUUACGAUUUUCCCCCCAUAAUCUGCGCAGUACGAUAGAAAUUUUGCGUUGGCAACUCCCUGAUACAGAUGAGUAUACGAAUCUAUUGAAUUCAUCCACUGCUUUAAAAUAUAUGGUGGUUUAUUUUCAAAAAAUGGCUUUUGAACUUUAAAAAAUUCCUGGUUAACCUUAUGGUGACUAUUCAAGCCACUUAUACACCUGAAAACUUAAUUCGCAAGAGCUAACUGCUAGAUCCACCGUUAGAAUUUCCAGUUAUAAGAAAAUGUUGGCUGAUUUCCAAACAUUCCCUCACAAUCUCCAUGAUUCUUCUAACAGCCCGCAAAGUGGUUGCCCGCAAGUGUGGCCUCUGUUUUUUGCCUCCUAAAUCGUCCAUGAAAGCUGAUUUUUCGGCCUCUUAUAUAGCGCCCCAACUCGAACUCUGUUUGCACUACUAUACCCACAGUAUACUUGUUUAUAACUCCGCCAAUUAACCUUGACCUUCGUUUAGUUAUCCAUCCGCUUGCUUUGUCAUUCUGUUUACUGUACAGUAAGGAGUUCCAAGCAAACGAGUGUUUCGCUGCUGGAAUUACGCGGUCACAUGCCGCUAUUUAUAAUUAUUUUUAGAUAGUUAGUAACGUCAGCUCGGAGUGUAAAGUACGUGUAUACUGUACAUGGAGAGAAAAGUGUCUGUCUUGAUAGAGUUUUUUUACAAAACGUGGGGUGUUCUUCAAAUUGAUAUGUUGGGGCAUAUCUGGGCCAUAGUUUAUUGUAAUUGCAGUUGUCAGCUAUCUUUUUUUGGCUAUAGUUAUCUUUUCAAAUCGCACGUGAAAAGCCGUAUUUUUCACAGAGACGUUGUACACGUCAUGCCCUCAACAAAAUACCCGUCUACAACCCUAGUACUCCCCGAUUUUUUUGGCAAGUUUAGGCCCAGCACGAGCUGGCGAUGUCCACAUUUUCCCUGAGAAAAAUCAGUCUAAAUUUGUCUCUAAUUUUAGCAAAAUUAGAUCGUCGCAUUUCGAGAAUUGCCUUUGAAAAUCCAGCAGUCUGUCGGGAAGAUAAUGAGCAACUUGUCGCAGCGAAAAUCGCAUCGCCGCCGAGAAAAAAUGUAUUGUAUCGCGACAAAAUCAAAUUGCUUUUAUUGCUGUUCACUUGUGUUGCUGCCAUUAUUUUUCAGGUUGAUAAAAAAGGCUUUGCUCGGGAUCAAAAAUACCAUGUACUAUAUAACAACCAACUAUUAUAUAAUAUGUCCUUCCUUGUUCUUUCUAAACCCGAUAAUUCCAGACUCCGCACCCGCAAUCUGUCGCGCAAAGGCCAAGUCCGUGAGUUCGAGUGCCCCCUGUCACGCCGCCACACCAAAUGUCGGAUGGGCAUGCGAAUAGAGACGCAUCUGAACGAGGCGGACGGCAAACUCGUCCACAUCGUCUACCACACCAGCGACACGGCCCACAACCAUCUGGAAGACAUCCCACCGCCCAUCGACUCCAUCAAACUCGAGGCCAACCAGCCCGGCCCUCCGACGCUGACGCCGAAUCUGUCGAAUCUGGCGGCGUUGCAGGAGCGCGCCGCGUCCGCGGAGCACAACGGCUCCACGCCGUGCUUGAGUGAGGAUUCGGUGAUGUCGACGGAGAAUGCGACGCUGAUGAACCAACUGAAUAACAUGGGAGUGAACGCGGCGCUGAUUGCAAUGGACGAGCAGAGGAAUUGGGUCACCGAGUACUUGAAACGACGGUGGAAUGAGAUGAGUCAGGAGAGCAGGAGCAUUAUUGUGGUAAGUGAAGAAUAUGGGGGUGUCGGGAGGCCCGGGAGACAAACCACACGUAAGACAAGAACUCGAGUUCAAGUGAUUUAUUGAGUGAAAAGCGGGCCUUAUACAGUGCGCGCCAAAAUGAUAGAGCCACUCAUUUUUCCUGGAUUUAUUCUUUUAUGGUUAGGUGGGCCAAGCCGGCAUAAUGCGUAUAUGCAAUAACAUGAUAGACCUGUACUACGGCUACCAUAACUUAGGACUAGCCUAGCGCCCAAUCCAAAAAAAAAUCCAAAAUUCGGACCUUCCCCCUCGGUCGACGCGUCAAAAUGAUAGAGCCACCAAAUUUUUCUCCUCGGUGAUGGCAGGCGAGGAUCUAUUGGUACUGUAGUUUGUUAAUAUUACUACUGAUAUUCACUGCUGAUGUGAAAAGGUUACUGUAACUACCGGUCAUACGGUAGCUUUUGGCAACUUUAGAAAAUCUUCCAAAUUUUGGGUAAAACUGACCGGAAAUAAAUUUUUCGACGGUUGUAUCCGGGUGGAAAUACCUUCAAAACAUAUUAGAAGACCUAUAUUUUCUAACAGUAAUCAAUUUCCGUUGAAAUCACAUCAACCGUAAACAAAGAAUGAUAUUAUAUUACUUUAGCAGAUAGACAGAUUCUAUAAUAAUGUCUAUUGCUUAUGUAUGAGUCUGAGAAGCGGCCCCAGAACUUGUGGUACAAUUGCAAGAGGACCAUAGAUUACUAUAACAGGACCGAAUUCAAUAAUUCCUUUAUUCAAAUUGCAAACGGUAUUAUGAAGUUUACCAAAGUUAUAACCGAAAAAACGAUAUUUUGGUGGCACGACUAGUGUCAGAAUAUGAUUGCUUCGGGUUUUGAAACGACGAGUGCGGAUCUUUUUGUGCGUAACGUAGCAUGAUUAACUCAACAAUAACGUAAUGAUAAGCAACUACAGAGAAGCUUUGGUGUAGUCACUUAGAGAACCAGAAUUGCUUCUCUUGUGGUAUUAUUCCUAGGGUGUACAAGACUUUUCAGCCUUUCCAGGUUAAAUGAAAAUAUUCUAUAUCGUGUGUUGCAGUCUAGCAGGAAGUUUGGUUUUUCCUCCAUGCUCCCUCAUUGGCAUAAUUGACAUUAUUAUAGAAUCUGUCUAUCUGCUAAAGUAAUAUAAUAUCAUUCUUUGUUUACGGUUGAUGUGAUUUCAACGGAAAUUGAUUACUGUUAGAAAAUAUAGGUCUUCUAAUAUGUUUUGAAGGUAUUUCCACCCGGAUACAACCGUCGAAAAAUUUAUUUCCGGUCAGUUUUACCCAAAAUUUGGAAGAUUUUCUAAAGUUGCCAAAAGCUACCGUAUGACCGGUAGUUACAGUAACCUUUUCACAUCAGCAGUGAAUAUCAGUAGUAAUAUUAACAAACUACAGUACCAAUAGAUCCUCGCCUGCCAUCACCGAGGAGAAAAAUUUGGUGGCUCUAUCAUUUUGACGCGUCGACCGAGGGGGAAGGUCCGAAUUUUUGAUUUUUUUUUGGAUUGGGCGCUAGGCUAGUCCUAAGUUAUGGUAGCCGUAGUACAGGUCUAUCAUGUUAUUGCAUAUACGCAUUAUGCCGGCUUGGCCCACCUAACCAUAAAAGAAUAAAUCCAGAAAAAAUGAGUGGCUCUAUCAUUUUGGCGCGCACUGUAUAGGGAAAUCUCACGUAGGAAAGUACAAUCAAAUUUGAAAAAUAAAUGACGAUUUCCGUGGGAAUUCGGGCUCGAAGUUCGGUCGUUCCGCCUCACAGGGGGCAUUUGGGAUGCACAUUUUUAUAUCAGUCUGUCGGGAAAAUAGUGAGCACUGACUAUGGAUAUUUGGAUACUUAAAACCAGUAAUAUCAUAUGUAAAAUGGUUUUAAUGGCAAGCGCAAUAUUUCAUAUUAAUUCUAAGGCCAACCUAGUAUAUGGUAGGAAACGAAAGAUAAUAUUUCGUUUUUCAUUGUGUCCCUAUCGAAGAAAAUUACCUGCUGUUUUUGACAAGGAGGUACCUCAAGUGCGACGCUGGGAUUUUCUUUAAACUUUGCACACAGUACGGGUAUAGGUCACACAUCAACCUCUGAAAGUUUUAGCUUGCGCUUUCCAGGGGCAACCGAGAAAUUCAACAAUCUCUCCGGCCAGUAGAGCAUGCUAAAUGCGGAGGGCGGCAAAGAAAAAAAAACAAGUUUAGCUAUAUCUCUUUUAGCCCGUAUCGUUGAUUUUGUUUUGGCCUUUGAGAUUCGCUGCACACAUGCUAUAUUUUUUUGAUUCCUUAGCCGCAAUUUUUCAAUUCAAAAAAGCUUAGUAAAAAAAAUAAAAAAUAAACUGACAAUGAACCACAAUUUUACCUCCGUAUUUUUUCAGAACACGGUUCUCUUCGACGUAACGCAACAGAAUCUGAUUGCCCAACAGACCCCCGUCUCGAUAGCGCCGUCGAAUCCGCCCAUCAACCUCGCCCUUCUCAACCAGUUCAAUCCGCAAGUGGUGUUGGCGAACAAGAACUUAUUUUUCAACUUCAACCAGUGA